AUGCCACCCCUCUUCACUUCCACAUCGUGGACUACAAUCAUUCGUAAAAUAGCUACUGUCAUGGUUUAUUCACCUAAACCUGCUAUAGUCAUAUCUGGAGGAGCAAGAGCCGCUCCUAAACGAACCAUCAACAAUCUGCAAAAGACAAGACAAGCUAUAAAUCAAGUUAUAAAUCAAUCAUUCCCUUCUAUAUCAACACCCUCACAUCAAUUAAAUCACGCCACUAUCCCAAUUAAAACUUCAGCUAGAGGAUUCACAUCUUUCUCGACUUCGAAUGGAUCAUAUAUACGUAGCGCACGGAAUGGACCUGUUAGACAGAAUAUUCAAAAUUCAGGUUCAAGACCUAAAUGGAGAAAUGGACCUGCCAUCCAAGCAAAUAUAGGUUUAGGAAAAGCGAGAACUUUCGCUUCUGCCCCCGCUCAAAGUAUGUUACAUGGUAAUAUCCCAAUCGUACUCAGAGCUUUCGCUUCUCUUUUAGAUGAUGAAAAUAAACAUGGAAAUCAUAAAUACGUUUUACCAAGAGCAAGUCGAUAUACUCCUUAUUCAAGAGAAAAAUUCAAUCGAAGAGAAAAAAGAAGAGUUUCAUGUAAAUCAAUUGACUCGUCCUUCAUCGAAGAUCUCAAACAUUAUUUCCCUCUCUCAUGUUCAACUGAGAAGAAGAACGGCGAAGAAGAGGUUGUUCAAUUACCUCUUACACCUGAAACUUUAGUGACAGAAGGUAAAAUCACUGUAUUGGCGUUACCUCUUUCGCCUUCACUGGAAGCUUUGCUUUCACCUACGGCUCAAUUACCAUAUCAUGAUACGUCAAUAGGAAUAUCAAUACUUGCUCGACUCACUCAAGGUUUGCUACCUAUUCACGAAGCUUUUUCAAUCCAUUCAUCAACAAGAAUCAUCCCUCUUUUAACGAAACUCGAUGGAUUGGGUGUAUUGGAUUAUCAUCCUGGAUCAGCUAGGACUGAAUCUGAGGUAGUCCAUGAUUCAAACGGUCAACCUGAUAUACUUCGGUUGAUAUUCAACGAUCGAUCAAUAUCAGAUGUCAAACUCUUAUUGGGUGAAAGUCUGAGAUCAAGUGAGGAAGGUCAAUGGUGGUGUCUUUAUGAAGAUCAAAAAUUGGAUUUGACCUCGGAGGAAAGAAAUGAAAUGAUCGAACAAUGGGGUUCACCCAUCAUUAAACCAACAGUAUCAAGAACUCAGAUACAAUCUGAACAAUUGAUAUUCCCAACUUUGGAUGUAUCAGUCAACACUUUAGGAGAUGAUCAAUCAGGAGUAGACGUACUGUUUGACGCUUCAGAAUCUAUUGUAUCCACGCCAUCGGAAGGGGAAGACUCUUGGCCAUCAACCGGGAUGUCAACUCCUUUUGUCGAUCCAAUCUCUUCAUCUGCUUCAUCAACCUCUAUAUCCCUCACGGCAUCGUUACUUUCAAGAUUAUCCGAAUCAGAAUCGAAUUUAUCAUAUCAAGGGACUUGGUCAGUCCAUCCUUCGGACUCUGAUUCAGAUAUCGAAUCUGCUUUUGCAGAAUCUGAAGAAUGGGCUCAAGUAGAUCAAAUGCUUUCUCCUUCUGAUCACGAACAGGAUCAAAGAGAGGAAGGAAGUGUUCUAGUCAAUUGGUCAGGUUCAGGUCAAGGUUUUGGUUUCUUAGCUCAGCCAUGGUAA